AUGCCAUCUGCCAAAUUCUUGAUGGAUCAUCAAAAAUAUAGGAAAAGUGGUUGGCUCUACAAACAAGGAGGUUCCUAUCGUUCCGUUAAAAAACGUUUUUGUAUUUUAUUGGCCAAUGAAUUGUUUUACUUUUCUAAAGAAGAUGAUGAAGAACACAAAGGAAGUAUUGUACUGAGAGGACCUGUCAAUCGAAGCUCCAUUGCUGUUGAAGUGAAAAAUUUAACUCUCAAAAAUUGUAUUGAAAUACCAAGUGACAAGAGAACGUAUUUGAUUUGGGCAGAUUCCGAAUAUUUAGCAGGAGAAUGGGCAGAAGCUCUCAAUGAUGCCUACAGAGAAUUCUCUUCAGUGAGUGGUAGUUCUUCGUUCAAAGAUCCUUCUUCUGUCAUGUCGUCUCUCAAUCAUUCAAGUUAUUCAUCACACCGUGUGAAUGGUGGAAGUGGUGCUGAUGAAGAUAAUCUUGAUGAUGAUUCUGUGGGUGUCCAUCAUGGAAUGGAUAUGUCUGAUUCAUUUUCAUUGGCAUUGGAAAGAAAACCUUUAACGAAUAAGCAAUUGAUAGAAUCAACCAUUGAUCAAAAAGACAAAUUUGAAAACACAAAUUAUGUAUUUGAGAAUAAUUGUUGUAUUCAUUCAUCCAUUAGUUGCAAUGUGUAUACCGUAGACGCUUUACAAAAUACAUCUAGUGGAAAUAAUAUUGUUAAUGCAGUCUCUAAAUAUUUGGUCACACGAAAAAGACAAUAUGGAAAUAAGAUGACUUUGGACAAUGCCAUGAAUGUGGCAAAAUCAGGCGAUACUCUCAUCUUAAAACCAGGAAAGCAUUACAUUCCAUCCACCUUACUUAUGAAUCGAUCUCUAAAUUUAAUUGGUGAAUCUGAUGAAAAUAACAAGUGUGAAAUCAUCUUGCUACAAGAUGGAACCAAUGAUCGACAGGGACCACAACCAACCAUUUGUUUCAAUGCUCCAUUUUCUUAUUGCAGAAAUAUUACUUUCAUUCAUUAUCGAAAUGAUACUAUUAACAGUAAGAUUACUCUCGAUCCAUCGAGUACGACCACUACUGCAUCUCAAGCGAGUAUUGCAAAAGGAAGAGUAGAAGCUCAUGAAUCAGUCAUGUCAACCAAUUUUAUUCUCGAUAAUCAAAGUGACGCUACAGAUAAUCAUUCACUGUUUGAUUGUUGUUGGGUCACUGGAACACAGACAUGUGUCUAUUUUAGAAAAUGCACUUUUCUUGGUGGUCGGAAUGGUUUAGUUUCUUCUAUCAAUUCCUCUUCCACAGUCGAUCAUGAAUGUGUUUUCAAAGAUCAAAAGAACCAUUCCAUCAUUUUAACACAACAAGCCAAGUUACAGGUCAAAGGAAAUUCAACCAUUUACGGAAAUAUUUGUACCAUGCACCAAUCGAGUGCUGAAAUUUUUGCCACCACCAUCUAUUCGCCCAAUAUCAGUGCUUUGGAUGAAUCAUGCCUUAAUUUACACCAUAACAUUUUCCAUUUACCAACGAUCAAAUUGAUAACGUUUAAUCAAUCUUCUCAUCUACAACAACAGCAACAAAUGCUUAAAAACAAACUCGUUCACAACUCCUUCAAGUCGGUGCAAGAGGAUGAUCAAGCAUCUUCGUCACUUUGUAAAAUAUCAAUCAUGGGUCAAUCCUGUCCAAUAAUAGAUGACAAUCAAGUUACAAACAAGGGUGAAACAUCACUCAUUUAUCUAUUCCAAACAAAGCAAAAUAUGAAAAACAUGCUUAUGAAGUCUCCACCUUCAAAUACAACUAUUCUGGUAGCCUCUGACUUCCUAAAUUAA